UCGGCACACACACACACACACACACACACACACUGGGGUUAUAUUGCAGAGAGUUGAAUGGGAGAGUUGAGUGAGUCGGUUAGAUGAAUCACCUGCAGGCUGCUGAUCCUCAGGAAGCAUGGUGAAGAGUGUGAACAGUGAAGUGCAGCACAGUGUCAGUGCACUGGAGCAAGACACACAUCAACCAGGGACUGAAAACACCACAGAUGGCGGUAAGGAACACGUUGCCAUGGCACCCGGAGUCCUGUGGCGUGUCACAGGCGGCGUCGUCAACAUCACCAAGGGUGUGGUCGGGGCAACAGUGGGCGGAGUCACCUGGUUGGGAGGGAAGGGCCUGGAGAUCACCAAAUCGGCCGUCAGCUCAGUGCCUUCGGUGGGUGUUGGCCUAGUGAAGGGCGGAGUCUCGGCUGUCACAGGGGGCGUGUCCACGGUGGCCAGCAAAGUUCCAUUUACAGGAAAGAGGAAGGACAAGGCGGAGUGAGGAGGAGACACGCGGAGCUGGGACAUCGCCACCUAUGUCACAUAUGUGUGACAUCACCAGCACAGACGCCAUCACCGUCAUCAUCUUCCUCCUCUGUACGUCUCCGACUUCAGAAUGCUGUGUUUCACUUCCUGUCACCUGACCCUGAUCAGCCUGAAUGAACAUCUUAACAGAGUACACUCCCUCAUCAGGACACUAAUGACACUCACUGUGUGUCUGUGUGUGUGUGUGUGUGUGUGUGUGUGUGAAAUUGAGACAAUCUCAGACACAGGACCUUUUGUGGAGAUGUAAUUAUGGGAUGUUUGUCAUUUCCUGUUUAGUUCAGAUGUUCCCUCCCAGUCAAAAGUUUGUACACCCCCUUUAACUCCACGGUCGUUUCUGAUGUUUCUCUCUACACUGUAAAACAAUACUGAAGGCGUUUAUUAUCCCAAACACACAAUAAUCUCCUCUGAACAGUUGAUAUGAGAUGUUUAUCUGAUCCUUCUGCUCUGUAAAGCUUCAGAACGGCUCUAAUCUGAGCUGCUGGUUGUUCAUUGGUGAUUUCUGAGGCUGGUGAAAGGUUUUGCAAAUGCAUUUGACCAUCCUGUUCCAGAACAGCAGACCUUCAGGUCUUAAAAUAACAACUGACUGUUACUCUUGUUGUUGUUAUGUAAUGACAUAAUGACAUAUUUAUUUGAUAGUUUUGAAAAUCUUCAGUAUUGUUAUAGAAUGUAGAAAAUAAAUCACUAAACAAAAAGAUGUGCACAAACUUUUGACUGGUACUGUACCUGUCUUUUCCAACUGUAAUAUUUUAAUAAAUAAAAUUAUGUGGAACUUUAAUAUAAACAUGUAUCUGUAGGUUUAUGAACAUUGUGACAAUAAACUGUACUUGUGUUAUAAUGUUUCUCUGCUUUUACAACAAUGUGUGUAUGUGUGUGUUUUAAAAUAAAAU